AUGGACACGAUUGAGAGAGCCCCCGGGGUGAAAACUGCUGCCGAUGUCUCUGUUGGUUACGCAGCGGACCCUGAGUACAGACCCAAGGGACUCGUGGCCCCAAAGUACAUGGGUACAGUGGCGGAUCAAUAUGACAUGAGUACUAUGGGUCGAGUCCAAGUUCUACGCCGGAACUUCAGAUUUAUAUCGAUCCUUGGUUUCGCAUGCACGCUGAUCUGCACGUGGGAAGUCGUCUUGACUCUGCUGGCUAGUGCACUCACCGAUGGAGGUACUGCUGGUCUGAUUUGGGGGUUUGUCAUUGUCUCUGCCGGCUUCUCCCUUGUCUUUGCUAGUAUAGCAGAGAUUGCUUCUAUGUCACCAACAGCUGGCGGGCAAUACCACUGGGUGUCCGAAUUCUCUCCUCGUCGCUACCAAAAGUUCUUGAGCUACAUCACUGGGUGGCUUACGGCUAUCGGAUGGCAAUGUGCCAUCGUGUCGAUCGCCAUGUUGGCAGGAACAAUUAUCCAAGGUCUUAUUGUCCUCAACGAUGUCAAUUACGUCUUUGAGGCAUGGCAUGGCACCCUCCUCGUGAUAGCCAUCACCACCUUCUCAAUCCUCUUCAAUACGUUCCUGGCCAAGAACCUUCCAAUGGUGGAGGCUCUAAUUCUUAUCAUUCACGUGGUUGGACUCUUCGCUAUCAUCAUCCCGCUCUGGGUGCUUGCUCCCCGCAACAACGCAAAAGCCGUCUUCACCGAAUUCAACAACGGCGGUGGAUGGAACAGCGCCGGAACUGCAACACUAGUGGGGUUUUCGACUACUAUCACUAGUAUGAUCGGCUAUGAUUGCAGCGUUCACAUGUGUGAAGAAAUCAAGGACGCCUCCCGGACCCUUCCCAAGGCGAUGAUGUCCGCCGUCGGGGUCAAUGCAUGCCUAGGAUUUAUCAUGGUCAUUACGAUCUGCUUCACACUUGGUGAUGUUGAAAGCGUCCUUGAAACUCCCACUGGGUUUCCAUUCAUCCAGAUUUUCUACAAUACGACGCAGAGCUACGCUGCCACGAACACUAUGACAGCAAUUCUGGUGAUUACAUUGACAGCGAGCACUAUCACAGAAGUAGCAACCGCUUCUCGCCAGCUCUGGUCCUUUGCGCGAGACAAGGGGCUUCCGUUCUCGUCAUUUUUCGCCUAUGUCACUCCCGGAUGGAACAUUCCCCUGAACUCGGUCAUGGUAUCUCUCGCCGUAACGGUCCUUCUCUCUCUGAUUAAUAUCGGUUCAUCCGUCGCCCUGACAGCCAUCGUCUCCUUGACCAUUACAUCCCUAAUGUCGGCCUACAUUCUCUCCAUUGGAUGCAUUCUCAUCAAGCGUUUCCGAGGCGAGCCCCUUCCAGCUCGACGAUGGUCACUCGGCAAGUUCGGAAUGGCCAUCAACUUGGCCUCCAUGGCGUUCCUCCUUCCGAUCUUCGUGUUCGCUUUCUUCCCGCUUACUUCGACUGUGGACAAAACAACCAUGAACUGGAGUGUUGUCAUGUACGUUGGUCUGGUUACACUGGCUUCUUUGUACUACGUUGUCCGGGGACGACACCACUUUGUCGCGCCUGUUGCGCUCAUCAAGCGUGACGCCGUUCCUAUGGCCGCUGGCGCUCGUUCCUAG